CCGCUAAUAUGAAAACCGCGCAAAAAGGUUUUGAAAAAACUGGUAUUUGGCCAACAAACGAGGGAAUUUUCACUGACGAUGACUUUUUACCAGCCGAGACAACUAAUAUUCCCAUUGCUGAGACAGAAAUUGCCCCUACUCAAGUAACUCAAGUCGAUGAUUUUCCAGAAAAUAAUUCCUUCAAUGAUCCCUCAACCCCACCUCCCAGAGAACUAAAGGAAACUAGCAACGAAACUCAAAAUGGCUCUUUACCCUGGAUGUCUGACACUCCUAUUGCACCAAUAAAAAAAGUGAUCACCUCUAGUUAUCCAGCCGUUUCUCCGGAAGCUUUUAUACCAGUACCAAAACUAACGACAACCGUUAAGCGAGUGCAGAGAAAGAGAAGCAAAACCACUAUUAUUACAGAGUCACCGUAUAAAGCAGAGUUGACUGAGGCAUUAGAAAAAUCAAAGAAAAACAAAGUGAAAAAAAAUCUUUCAGGUCAGAAGCAGAAGAGGGAAACAGAAAAGAUGUCUCGACCAAAAAAGCAAAAGAUAAUAGAAGCUAGAGUAAGCUCCGAGGAGGAAGAAGGAGAAGACACAUUAUGUUUAUUCUGUAACGACCAAUAUUCAACAUCAACUGAAGUGUAAAAAGUGGGCUCAUUACUCUUGUGCGGAAAUAGAUAGUGACGACGACGAGUCAGAACUGAUUUCUGACAUUUGUAAACCCGAGUACCCCAUCGUGCCCCGCCGACGGGGCAGAAUGGAGUAAAAGACACUUUUUGUUUAAGAUGAUGACAUAAAAAAAACUGUUAGCCUUAUUUUCAUAUUUGUUUGUGUUUUCAUGUUUAUGAUACCUCAAUAGAUCAUUAUGUACCUUUUUAAAUUUCUGUAACAUCAUUUACCCACCCAAACUUGAAAUUGAAUGUUACGGUCCCCAUUCCGC